CCGUUCCUCCGCCAUCUUCAACUUCCUAUUGUUUGCACCAGACCGAGAGGGGGCCGUAUGCUGCGUGUGAGAGACCUGAGUCGGACACGGAUUUCUCGUUAAGCAGAAGAUAUUCUCCUGGUCUCUCAGGUUCGGUCCAGACCUGUUGUAGGUCAUUGGAAUAAAGCCCCCUCCCAGGACUCGACCACUGAACCCCGAUGAUGGACGACGAACAACCCAGAACCCUGUAUGUAGGAAAUCUGUCCAGGGAUGUCACCGAGCCCCUCAUUCUACAGGUCUUCCAACAGAUAGGACCCUGUAAGAGCUGUAAAAUGAUCAAUGAUACGGCUGGAAAUGAUCCAUACUGCUUUGUGGAGUUCUAUGAUCACAGGCAUGCUGCUGCCUCAUUGGCAGCCAUGAAUGGAAGGAAAAUAUUGGGUAAGGAGGUCAAAGUCAACUGGGCCACAACACCAUCCAGCCAGAAGAAAGACACAAGUAAUCACUUUCACGUUUUCGUUGGAGACCUCAGUCCAGAAAUAACAACAGAAGACGUCAAAGCUGCCUUUGCCCCUUUUGGCAGGAUAUCAGAUGCUCGUGUUGUGAAGGAUAUGGCUACAGGGAAAUCCAAAGGCUAUGGCUUUGUGUCUUUCUUCAAUAAAUGGGAUGCAGAGAAUGCCAUUCAGCACAUGGGGGGUCAGUGGUUAGGGGGCAGACAGAUACGAACCAACUGGGCCACAAGAAAGCCCCCCGCUCCAAAGGCCACCUAUGAGAGUAACUCCAAGCACCUGUCCUUCGACGACGUCAUGAGCCAGUCAAGCCCCAGUAACUGCACUGUGUAUUGUGGUGGGGUCAGCACAGGACUCACAGAGCAACUCAUGAGGCAGACCUUCUCCCCGUUUGGACAGAUCAUGGAAGUCAGAGUUUUUCCUGAUAAAGGCUACUCGUUUGUGAGGUUUAACUCCCAUGAAUCAGCAGCCCAUGCCAUUGUGUCUGUCAAUGGUUCUUCAGUGGAGGGCCACAUGGUGAAGUGCUAUUGGGGUAAAGAGACGCCAGACAUGAUGAGCCCCAUGCAGCAAAUGCCAAUGCCCCAGCAGAACAAGAUUGGCUUUGCUCCCGCCCAGCCCUACAGCCAGUGGGGCCAGUGGUACGGCAACGGGCCCCAGAUCAGCCAGUAUGUCCCAAAUGGGUGGCAGGUCCCCACCUACGGCGUCUACAGCCAGGCCUGGAACCAGCAGGGCUUUAAUCACUUACCGGCCAGUGCUGGGUGGACUGGCAUGAGCGCCAUCAGUAACGGUGGCGUUAUGGAGCCCACGCAGGGAUUGAAUGGGAGUAUGCUAGCCAACCAGCCCGGCAUGGGAGCCGCAGGAUACCCCACACACUGAUGGGUGGGCAGGGUGGGAGAUUUGUCAGCGAACAGCCGCUUAUUGGCUGCACGGCGCCCUGCGGGGGUGUUUAACACCGCCCCCCCGGCUUGUGGCAGGACUAAGACUCUUUGCAGGAUGUAGAACCUAACGGGAAGGUUGACGUCUGUGAAAUGUAAAUGCAAUUUCAUGGGGUGGCGGGCGGGUGGGAGGGGUUGGGGUUGAGGUAACGGGGGGGGGGGGGCCGGGCAGCGUUUUGACCCACACAGGUAUUUAUACCCAUUAGUGGUGGGAUAACUGGCCACGAUCCAGGGCUCUUACCUUUUUAAGUUAACUGUAAAUGAGUAUAAAACUGUAAAGAAGAAACUUUUGAAGUGUUUUUUUUUUCUUUUUUCCUCUGGGUUUUACAAACGACUUCCAUUUUCACACCUUUUUGUUUGACAGCCACCAGGAGGUGGAUCUCCCUCUCUCACUCUCUCUCCCCAAGGAAGCCGACUCGCACUAUAAAUAGUGCGCCGAGUAAUUUGAGAAAUGGAAAUGUUUUAUUUGUAUUUUUCUGGGAUUAAAAUCAAUUGCAGGGAUUGUUGUCACUGCUGUGUCUCCGUAAGGGCAGGUAAAUGUUGCACAGCUCUUUUUUUUCCUCGCGUGUACUCAGCAGACAGAUUUGCUUACGAGGAGCGCUUUUCUUUUUCCUUUUUUCCUUUCUGCAUUCCGCUUCUCCUUCGUAUCUUUUCUGACCGCCUCAAACCCUUCUCACCAUGUGUAAAUAACCAUUCAGUUGAUUGAUUUUUGGAACAAUGUAUGUAAAAUGCUACUGUUAACUGUGGGUGCUUGCUUUCGGUUCUGUUUUUAUAAUUCAACAGUUAACUCCGACAUUGUACGUAGCAGAGUGGCACUAUUUAACCGUGACGCUGGUACAGUGAACACAAUUCUUCCAUGCAGGGAUAAGACUGCAUUGCCAUGCAGUGCAUACUUAAAUCUAACAGAGUUGAAAUGUUAAAAGGUGAAUAUGUAUGUUUGAAGCUGAUGUUCUUUUUUUUUUUUUGUUUUCUUUUGUUUUUUUAAUAUCUAUUGAAACGCCAGUAUUUUAUAUUGAAACUGAGUGGAUUCAACCUUUACACUCGCUCAUUUUGUCAGAGAAAUGGGGAGGCCUACAUUGUAACUGUUGCCUUAUAGAGCUGGUUUCUUUUUAGCUGACGAGAUACCUUUUAAUUAGGCAGUGCCUACAGACAUUUUCAAGCCCUUUUUGUUUAGAAAGGUGUUCAGCCCUGAGAACUGUUGACUCUGCUACUGUCAUCAAUGUUUUCCUUUUUUUUUUGUUUUUUUUGUUUUUUUGCUUUGUCAAAUUAAAAUGCUAAUGCACAUAAACACCA